UCAAGCUGCAGCACGCAGCUCAGCUUUAAACGACAGGCAGACCGAGAGACCAGAUCGAUGGCGGGCUACAGGGCGCUCGGCGUCCUCCUGGCCGCGGCCGCGCUCCUGGCCGCGGCAGUGAGGGCGGCGGACGACGACCACAUGCACCAGUGGAGGUGCUUCAAGUCGUGCGCGAGGGACUGCCAGGAGGAGGACGCCGCCGAGGACGGCGCCCCCGGCGACGGCGGAGGCGUCUCCCGGCGGUGCAAGACCGGGUGCCUGCACGAGUGCUUCGAGGACCUGCCGGCCCUCUGCUACGAGCAGUGCGUCGUCAGCACCUGCCUCUGCCUCCCACCCUAUAGCAAGGAGAAAGUGACGUGCAUGAAGAACUGCUGCGACAAGUGCUUCCACCACGGCCCGCCUGCGCCCGGUCCCGGCCCGAAGCCGCCCAAGCCUGGGCCCCCGAACCCGCCAACUCCAGCACCACCGAAGCCGAGGCCGCCAACGCCACCAACGCCAACGCCGAAGCCACCCGCGCCCAAGGCGCCGCCGCCGCCGAAGAAGCCGCCGUGUCCCCCCGGCAGCGAAACCGUGAACGCCAACGACAACUACAACUGAUAGGAUGGAUCCGCCACUGCCAGCAAGAAUAACUCGCCGUGCUUGACGUAUAUACGUACAUGCGUGCGAUCAAGUAGAGGUCCCAUGGUAUACGUCGUCGUAUAAAUGUAUACGCAGUGCGGAGUCCGAAUUAAUUGCUGCUGCUAGUAAGGAUAUAAGAAAUGCUAUACAUGUGUCUCGUUGCUGGGCACAAACCAUAACAUCAAAUGCCUAAUAGUAGUUCUAUAAAUGGACGCAUGAUGUACUGAAAUGUAUCUUCUAUGGUACACACAGCAUAUGUAUACACAUCAGCUAAGUUUUAUGCU